AUGUUAGCGGUGGACCUCAAUAUAAAUUUCUCGUGAUUUUAUUUUUAAUUUUUCUUUCCUUUGUAUAAUAACAAGAAAUGGCAUCUGCCGUUAAGCCAUCACUUUUAAAUAACACUUCAAUGCCAAAUGAAACCACAUCAGUAUUUUCUGAGGAGCUUUGCUUCAAUUCUACCAAUUUUACUAUCCCAUGUGGAACUCAUACCAAUUUCACGGCUUCGCAACCCAGUGCCUGGAUUCUGCCAUUUUCUUUAUGGUUUAGCAUUUUCAUUGGCGUUAUGAUAGGGCUCUGUAUUAUUCUAACUGUAGCUGGUAAUAUCCUGGUCUUGUUAGCUUUUUCUGUAGAAAGGAGCAUCAGGCAACCAAGUAAUUAUUUCAUCGUCUCCUUAGCUGUUUCUGACCUUUGCAUUGGUGUUAUAUCCAUGCCUUUCUACGCUGUGUAUGUUUUGAUGGGGAGGUGGGACUUGGGUCCAAUCACAUGUGAUCUUUGGUUAGCUACCGAUCAUACAGUAUGCUUAGUAUCCAUCUACACCGUUCUUUUAAUCACCAUUGACCGGUUUUGUUCAGUGAAAAUUGCAGCUCGUUACCGGAGCUGGAGAACCAAAAACAAAGUGAUCUGGAUGGUAGCUGUGACAUGGAUAGUUCCAUUUUUGGUAUUCUUUAUCAGUAUUAUGGGAUGGGAGCACUUUAUAGGGUAUAGAGAUCUGGAAGAUGGAGAAUGCGAAGUUCAGUUUCUGAAAGAUCCAAUCUUCAAUACGUCGCUCAUCAUUGGUUACUUUUACUGCACUUUGAUCAUCCUCUUCUGGCUUUAUUGGGGAAUAUACAGGACUGCAAGUCAAAUGCAAAAAAGGUCUAUUGAAAAGCAAAGGAAGAUUCAAGCUCUCGUUGCCAUGGGGAGAUCCCAUACUGAAGUUAAAGCCUCCCUGCCGGUAUCCAAAACUCAGAGUACCCUUCUGAGCCAAGACAAGAAGAAUGAAACAAAGAAUAUCUCAAUGGGUCUUGCUUUCGGAUCUGCGAUGGGAGGAGUCGCUGGAGCAGUGAUUGGUUCGAUAGCAGCAGCUACUUCCACAAGUGGUCAACCGUUUCCAACGGCAGAAACUAGUCCAAAAGGAAAUAGAUCAAAGAAGGACGGUGCUAUGGAAAAUCAAGAUAAUUCGAAUUUAACGGAAAACAAUUCAGAUGAUCAAGAUCGAUCAAGUAGCGUAGGUUUUGAUUCUGAUUUCGAUGAAAUGUUUCAGCAAACCGAUGAAAUCGAGCCAAAAUUCACAGCCUCAAAAAAGAGCAAAAAAGGAAGCAAGCAUAAAGAGAAAAAGCGAUCUCCAUCAGCAGGUAUACAGAUUCCAAUCCCCCGACUUGAGCCUUCCACUCCAAUGAUGAAAGAAAAGCCGUUUAUGAAUCUGAUUCUUCCGACGCCUAAUUUAUUAGAGCCUUCAACUUCAACAGUAGCGACGAAUAUUCCUUCGCAAUUUUCUCCCGAUUCGUCAUUAAAAUUGAGAGAUCGUGACGAACCUCAGACGUCUCGAAAUGACAACACUUUACAUAACAAUCAGUUAUGUGAUACUCUGUUUAAAAUGGAUAUAACACGCAUCCUUGAGGUCUCGACAAAUGAUUUUAGUGAUCAAGAAAGUUGCCAUGAGUCAGGGAAUCGACGAGCCCAAGAUACACAUAAAGCGGAAAAAGAUGAAAAAAUGGCGUCUGUCGCCUUCCUUCCGAAACCAAACUCAGAAAUCCUCGACUCUUCGAUUAAAGCAGGACAAUCAUCGACUAAAAAUCAGUCAAUUACUCCCAAAAAUGUUAUGAUCGAAUCCAAAAAUGGGGAAAAUGUCAUUCAUGUGGUUGAACCAAUGGAUCAUCUCUCUGUCAUCGAAGGGAAGUUAAGCUUAGAUGGAGCGAAAAACGAAAAGUCACGACGAACACUUGUUUCAGCCCUGAGCCAAAAAAUUAAAAUUCACCGCAAUAAAAGGAAACGGAGUCGUCGAAGUGACAAACGGCAUAAAUCGAAAUCGGAAAAUAGAGCCCGCAAAGCGCUUAGGACAAUCUCAUUUAUUUUAGGUGCAUUCGUCGUAUGCUGGACACCUUAUCAUAUAUGUGCUUUGGUUGCUGGAUUUUGCAGAGAUGCAACAGGUUGUGUAAACCACCAUCUCUUUUACUUUACUUAUUUUCUUUGCUAUGCCAAUAGCCCAAUCAAUCCUUUUUGUUACGCUAUGGCUAACCAACAAUUCAAGAAAACAUUCACCCGCAUACUGAAAGGCGAUUUUCAUAAGACAUAGUUGACUUUUCGAAACUGUUGACUUGCAAACUAUUCUGUAGUCAACAUUUAUUGAUCUGUGUAUGAAUAAGAAUUGAGUUAGAAUGAUUUUAUAUAUCCCCUUUUUAAUUACGACUUUUAAUCCCUUUAUAUAUUUUUAAGAUAUGAUUCUGAAUAGAUUUAUUUCCAAUGAUAAGUUUUGUAUUUUAUUGACUAUUUAGAAUUAAAUUUCCUUUAUAUUUUUAGAAUCAAUUAUAGUUGAAUUCAAUCAAAUUCUCGACUUUACCCUUAUCUUUUUGAUAAUUAGCCUGUAGAGUUUUUGGAUGCAUGUUUAGCAAUUAUUAGUAUAUCAUUUUACAACGUGUGGCUAUAACCUUAUUGAAUAUAUACAUCUCCUAUGACGCUUAAAAUGUUCUUAAUAAAAUUUUCUAGAUAGAAAAUUCAUUACUUCAGAACAAAGACAUCUUUGUGCGUUACAGGAGAAAAUGUGAAGAAAAUUUAUACAUGUUCAUCGAUUGAUUAAGGUGUAAAUAUUUUCCAAGCAACUAGACUUUUAGUAAUUAUUUUCAAUAGUUGGAGGCAUUAUAUCAAUAUUUUCAUCAGAAAAUAUGCAUCCAACUUAAAAAACUUUCAUAGUUAGAGCUCUUGGAAAGUUUCGUUGGAAUAACUAAUGCAUAUGAAAGAAGCUACUAACUUUUUUCAAAAUUCUAAUGAACUUUUUAAAAUUAGUUUUAUACUUAAAAGCAGCAUUAAAGAAACCUACGAGAAUGAUACAUUCUAAAAUGAUGGUAAGAGCUAAUCUACUAAAUCAUCCUACGAUUUAAGGCACCAAAAAUGCUCCUAAAAUUUUAUAGUUAAAUCACUGAUAUAUGUAUUUAAAAUACUUUAUAAUCAGUUACACCUUUACAAACUUCUUUAUGAGCUUUAUAUAGUGCGCCAAUAUUUUGCAAAAUAUUAGUUUUUAGACAUAUUUCUCAAAAGAUAAAGUCUAUAGUAAUUGAAAGAACAACUCAAAUAAAUUAUUAUACAUAAAAUGUAGAUUUUGUUGAUAAAUACCAGAUUAGCAAUCACUGGCUCUAAGUAAAGUUUAAUGCAAUUGGAUCAUACAUUUUAACUUUUUCUGUGAUUUUCUCUUAUUCUAAGCAGUUACAAAAAUCUGUGUAAAUGUUAUUUCAGUAAUUUUCUAUAAAUGAUAAUAUCGUUAACUUAUUUCAUAAAAUGUGUUGCCAUUAACAAUAUUUCCUAAUCUAAAUAUUCUCUAACUCAGUAUAACGAAAUUACUGAAUACUGAACAUUCUUUAAAAAAAAUAUUUAUAUUAUAUUCAAUCCAAUCUGAAACUAUAUCUUAAAAAUCCUCAUAAUUUCAGAGAAACACAGAAAAAAGUUAACUUUACUUAUUUAAUUGCUUACUUUUAUUCAAAUUUUUACCACUGUUUAAAAUUUAACAAUAAAAUAAAAGUAACAUAUCAUAUUAUGAAUAAAAGAAGCAUGCGAAAAAAAGUGCAGAAAUUCAGAAAUAUUUAUUUAAUUUGUAGAAACCCCUUACAACUUUCUAAACCUGAAAGCUUCUUGCAAUUCCAGUAGACAGAAGCUUGGAAUCGAUGAUUGAAAUUAAGAAAGCAGUGACACAAUGCAAGUGAAUAACUGAAAAAUAGUUGAAUAAAUAAUCAAUCUCACUAAAAAUGGUGUAUAGUUUUAAAACUAACUUGCAAGGUAUUUUGCUUUUCAACGAUACAUACAUUUGUGUAAGAAAUACAGGAAACAUAUUUACAAAAUUUAAUUUUUCUUUAAAUGAAAAUGAUUUAAAAAUAUUAGAUAUACUGAUAAAAUUUUCUUUACUGAUUUUCUUCCUUCCUCAAGCGUAUCAUUUUAAUCAAUUAUUAAAGCAUUUAAAAUAAACUGGAAAGGACAAAAAUAGCAUUGAUGUAUCACUACUCAGUACUUUAUGAAAAAAAUCAUUAAUUAGAGGCUAGUAAAAUCUGUAUCAUCAAUUGUAAAUUACAUUUUAUUUGGUAAAAGGCUAAUUGAUUUAAGUUUGAAUAAUUAAUAAGUCAAUAUAAGUUUAUUUCAUUCUUGAAUAAAAUUAUUCUGAAUUUCAUUUUCCCAAAACUAUUUUCAAUAAUCAAUUUUAAGAAAUUAUCUACAAUUAUAAUUGAACUAAUUCUUAAAUGCAUUAUUAUUGUCCUAUUUUUUCAAUAUUUUAUUCAUGAUCAAGGAGCUCUUUAUAAAUCCUCUUUAAACCCUUUGUCACAUUUAGUGGUUAUUUUCGAUGUACCAUACUGAGCGAAAUGCAACUUUGUUUCAAAGUUGAAAUUUCAACUUUGUUGAGUUUUCUUCCUGAAAUAAAAUAUUGUGGUAUUUCGACAAGUUAACUGCUUGUUGCAUGUAAAUAAACACUGAGUAGAAACAGGAUAACCUUUUUGUAAAUUUAUCUGUUAAACUUUGAUUUUUUUAUUCUCAAUGUAUAGAAUCCUUUAAAAUAUAAUUCUUUUUAUGAAAAUCUUAUUCGUUGGAAUGAAUCUAACAGACAUUAUUUCAAAUUAAAUAAGUUUAUUCUUGAAAGAAAAAAUAGGAUUAGGGAGUAGGAAUUGUUUCGUAGCCUUCUUUCUGUAAACACUCAGGUGGCAAAACUAUUUAUUACAAUGUGAUUAUAUCUAUUGUGUGUAUAAACGAUUAUCAAACAGAAGUUUUAUUACAAAUGUGUGCAUCACUAGUGUUCAAAAUGAAAGGUCCAUUUACAAUGUCUUGUAUAUUUAAAUUCUAUAAAAUCGAACGUAAUAAAGUGUUAUAAAUUUUUUUUUAUUCUAUUCAUUAAAUAAGGUGGAUGAUUCUAUGAAAACAAUGUGGAGGUCGAUAAUGAAAAGUUCUACAAACUAAAUUUUUAUACAACCCAGUAGUAAAAAAGUGUCAAUUAGUAAAAUAUUUUUCUUACAUUCGUCUAUGAUGCGAACAGAAAGUUUCACUCUUCUCUCUACAAAAUUUGCAGCGAUAUGCUUAUUUUUUAAAGCAAAUCGCAAAUUUAGAUGGAAGAAUUUAUUUCAGGAUGCAGAUUUAUCCAAUGCAGAAAAAUUUCACAUACAAAUAUUUGUAUAGUAGUACGUAAUCUAAGUAUCAUAGCUUGAAAUGAAUUUACUAAUCACACAUACAUUUGUUCACUUUUAUUGGUUAAUAAUACAUGUUCGAUUUUAUUUAGAAGAGAAGAAGCACUUCACAAAUGGAAUAUUUAAAAUAUCUUAGAGAAGUAAUGUAUUACCGAACAAGAAAAUAAAAAUUCUUUGCUCCCAUUUAUAUAUGUGAUAUUAAGCUUUAUAAGAAUUAAUGAAUGAACUAUCCUAUUGCUUUCAGCAACGAGGAAUAUUUUGAAAUACAGAUUAUUAAUGCUGUAUGUAAUCGUAAUCCUGGCUAAGCUGCAAAAGAACAUAAACUUGUCAUUUUUAGAAUUCCUGGUAUACUUCAAAGAAGCGUAUAGAAAGCAUGUUUAAAUUAUUGCAAAAUGAAGAAUCUUUAGUUCCCGGGGAGGAGAGAGAAAGAUGAGGCUUUAUACAAGUACCAAAUACUUUAAUAACGAAUUAUUCGAACCUUUUUUUAAAUUUUAACAAGAAUCGAUAAAUGUAAGAGUUUCUAAUGCUGCCUUUUAAUAGCAUAAUGUGAUAUUUCAUAAUCCCUUAAAUGAUUAUGACUCGCUAAAACAUAUUUCGGAUAGAAAUCGGAUUUGGUCUCAGGCAAUAAAUUUGCCUUUUAAUAUAUCUGGAAAUUUUGCAGAACGAAGUAUGAAAAUUCGUGUGUUUGUAAAUAAGCAUAAGAAAAACGUUUCACUUACUGGCCCUUUUUUCACGACGGAGCGGUAUAAAAAUUUAAUUUUUUAAACUUUUUAUUAUCACCUUCUACAUAAACAAGACUAUUUUCAUGUAAUUGUUUACCUUAUUUAAUAGAACUUUGUAACAAGAAAUAUAUGUCUUAUUACAAUAUUUAUGGGAAUAAAAGCUUGU